AAAGCAACUGCGACACAAGGGUUUAUCUGUGAGGAGUGGAAGCUGAGUAACAGUGUGCCUCUGCUCUUCUCCAGCUCUUGAACCCGGGCGGAUGUUCUGACGUCACAGUAAUGUCGGGGAAAAUGCAGCUCGUUCAAGUCGCACGGCUUCUUCUGUGUCUCGUGCUUUUCCCGGACCUGUGGCACUCACAUCCAGAUGCUGGUUCACAAGGAAAAGUCAUGGGCCAAACUUUAAUCACCUCUGUCAGUGAUGCCAACUUGGUAUAUGAGUUUUUACUGAGUGGACUUGUGAUUGAUGACGACAACAAUGUUGGAAUGUGGGACCAAGAAAUGGCGUCUAUGCGGAAGGGACGAGUUUUCUUAAGCCUUAUAAAUGAUGACAUACCCAAAACUGUGCCAGCGAUGGAGGAACAGCUGGUCACGCUUGAAAAGAAAGUGCAGUCUUUUAAUCAGGAUAAUUUUGAGACACUCAUUCUGGGAAUCAUCUAUUCAGCCUACCAGGUCCGAGAGAAGAGGCAAGAGAGUCAGCGGAAGGCGUGGGCAGGUAUCCUCGGGCGCCUAGCAAAUGUCACUCUGGUUCAGCUACGCAGAUCUUGAAUUAUGCCGCAAAAUGCAGAAAACAAUCAGAGCCUCCAGUCUUUCAUCUUCACAUAUGCAUGAAACACAAUAUAGUCAAUGCUGAGAGAAAACUGUGUUAUUUGUGUAUAAUAUGUAUUUCCUUUCUGUAUGACUAUAAUUCUAAGUAAGCUUAUAAUAUCUAUAUUUCCUUUCUGUAAGUAAAUAUCAAUGGCAAGAUGGAGUCUGUAGUUGAUUGUGUAUAAUGUUUAGUAGUAGUGGAUGCCCAACUUGUUUUCAGUGUCUUUUCUUCAGUCUUGCUUUUGCUUCUCACAUGAGUUUACUGUAAUAUGUAUGAAUCAUUUGUACCCCUUGCUGCAGAAUCCUCCUACCUGGGUGGAGUCAAAAUAAAAGUCCAGGAGGUGGAGACAACUCAGUAUGUUUCAUGCAUGAUAAGUGAGUUUGUUGUUCUGUGUUAUAUAAUAUCUUGUAGGUUAGGGUUGGUCUUAUAGGAGGAGUUGGAUCAGGUCCAGCUCCACCCUAGACUUUUGGUUCUGCAGCAAGGGGUACUCAAACAUCGGGUUCUGACCAAAAUUAAGUUUUCCAUCCAGUAAUGUACUUUGACAUCUCUACUUUUGGAAACCAUAAGUAUAUUUCAUCAAAACAAUUUUUUUUUUAACUUAAAUGCUUUCAUUGUAUAGACUUUCUGAAAAGAUCACAGUUCUGCCUCUGCAGUAAAUGCACUUAGUUUGCCAAAAGGUGUCUAAAACACAUAUCAAAUAGUUCUGUAAAUGUAUUAUUUUUGGGUCUGUUAAAGGAGGAGUAGGUGUUGCAUUUUUCAGAAUUCAUAAAAUAGCUAAAGGUACAGUUAUAUACGUCAGUGGUUCUCAAUCCAGUCCUCUUGGCCCCCCAGACAUUGUGUGGUGUGAGUUGGGAUAGAGCAAAAGCAUUGACCUGAGGGGCGCUGAAGAUCGAGGACUGAUUUGAGAACCUCUGAUUUACGUAACAUCCAUCCAUGGGGUCACAUACGGGAUGUUAGAUCAACCAUGCUAAAACCAUUAUUACUAAUAUCCUCAUGAUUGUCAGAAGAUAAGAAGUGGAUUGUCCUAACUAAGUGUCACUAACCUAACUUAUAUCUUUAAUAUCAAGCCAAGCUGUUGAGGUUUAAACUAUAUGAAAGCAGCAAACUCAAAGUCAAAAUGCUUUUUUUUUCCCUCAAGAUAUUUUUGAGGAAAUCACAGUUUGUGAAUUACAGUGUAACUUUUGGAAUUUGUGACAGAAUUUGUGAUUGAAACAACUUGACUAACAGAGACAGAAUUCGGAAAAACUAGGACAGUAUGUGCUUAGUCCAACAUUAUACAAACAUAAGACUUCUCUAUCCAAACACCGCAUAGUCCUCUCCAUAGACUGUAGUGUUCUUCGAAAAAGUGUCUCUUGCUCAAGAUGCUUACAUUGCUUACAAAGCAAACACUCACUGGAUGCAAUGUAGAUUUUAAUCAGAGGCUAGAUUUCACCAAAAAAGUCAUAUUUUGUGAUUAUAUAAACAAACAGAAUUACUUGAUGAAGUCUAUGAUUUGGCUGGUUUAGUUCUACAAGAUCUCUGGGCUCUUUCUAACUCUGGAGUCUGUCAGCUGAAAUCAGGGACAAAUAUGAAGUUGUGAAGCAUCACUUCACCCAGGUACACACAGAUGGCUAAUGUGACGUAAAACAGCAUCGACAAAAAUAACAGUACAUGAUCAAGGACAUACAUCAGUAUAGUAUGUACUGCUAGUCUGUAUAGUACGAACUCUGCUCUGUUCUCUGCAGUUCAUACACUUUGGAAGUCUCUAUAACCAUCCAUUUUUUUAAAACUGGUACACUUGCCUUAGUCUUGCUUUUUGGCUAUAUACAGUAUUAAAAGCAGAUUUGGAUCCAUAACUAGGGUAGCCAACAUUCCAUGGGACAGAAGAUGAGGCAGCAGGGGAGGAACCACUCUCUAUGUGACAGUGAUUCUCAAAUCCAAUCUUUGAGGCUCAGUGCCAUUGGUUUUUUCAUGUUUUCCUUGCUCCAAACACAACUCUACUUAUCAAGCUCUCCAUAAGUUAGAUCAGAUGUGUCAGAAGCAGUAUACACAUGGCUGACAUGUACACUGAUGCCUUCUUCAAUACUGCAUCCUUCAGCCUGUGACCAGGAAAUCAAUCAAAGUCUGCCAUCUGUAAGGAUGUAUCAAAUCUUAAAAUGCAUGUGGAAGAAUCAGAGGCUUCUAGAUCAAGGAUACACAGAUGCUUCCUGUGUGAAAAUCUUAUUAUUGUAGUGUGUGUUAUAAGCAUACGCUAUAACUGUAUAAAUCUCCCAAAUAAUAAGAAGCACAAAUACAAAAAAAGCAUCCAAAAAUAAACUAAGGAAUGGGGUACAAACAAAAUCUGGAUAAAUGUCAAUUGAUGUCAUGUCAAAGCCUGAAUCGGUGUCACGCUACAACUCCCGGAACAACAACGCGGCCUACAAACAUGGCUGCCGCAAACUACAACACCCAGCACACACAAACCUAUCGUCAUUCUGAUCACCCACAUCUGUACACAAUCACAGUCACAGCAUUUAGGGACUUCCAAACCACAAUCUCACUGUGAAGUAUGUGCUCUGUGUCUGUUGUCAGAUGUUACCAAGCCUUGGAUUUUGUUGGGCUGACUCUGGAAUUUUUAUCUUAUUUCUGGUUAACCUUUUGUUUUUUUCCCUUUUUGUCCUGUCUAUGCUGUUUGCCUGUUGCUUGACCAUUGCUUGCCUUUUGUUCCUGAGAUUGUUUUAUGAUUUGGAUUUGUCUGCAAGCUGUUUAAAUAAACAUUUUGUUUACCUGCA